AUGACCGAAGUAACCUUGAUAACUACCGCUAAAUACCUGGAGGCUUAUAGAUUUCGCGCACAAAGUAAAGAUAUGAAACGUAGUACCCCGGGGUACAUAACAAUUUUCAUCCGAGUAAAUUAUAAUAUACCCGGCACUGAAGAAAUAGAAAUGUCCAUUAAUCCUAUCAAUCUCAGGUGUGGUAUUUAUAACGAUCCGGAUGGAAAAACUUUCACGGUUUCGCCUUGUAAAGAAGAUAAGGUUUACGUGGUUAAAUUUGCUAUCGGGGCUCUAUUGGCGAAUCAAGGUUACCAAGCUCUCUCCCUCAAUUUCGAACUCUAUAUGAAUGAUCCAGAGAAUAAAGAUCCUAUGAAGACGUCGGAUGAAGUUUCUAAAUAUUUAAAAAAAAACUUUUAA